AUGGAAUGCCGCAUACAAUCAGUGAAAUCCUUCCUGUUCUACCUGUGGAAUGUUUAUUCUUCACCCAAACCGGUGGGCAGACACAUCUGGACCCUGAUGUCUCUUUGUUUCACUCUGGUUGUUCUUACGGCCAGUCUUCUUCACCACUGGCUAUCCAAAACGCUACGAUACGGCAUCGACACGUCCACUCAAACAGCAUUGGUCUACAGCGUGGCCAUGUUCUUGGUCUUGUUCCUGUGUCACCCACUGCGUUGUGUGCUGACCAUGAUCCUCCCGACCGUUUGCACCAAGCAGGGCCGCAAACUCCUCAUCUCGGCUUCUGUUAUGAUCCUGGUGUUGAAUGUCAUCCCGAACAUUAGCGUGAAUGUAGGCGCAGUGGUGCGCACCCUGAAGUGCACCUCUGAGGACUUUUCGAAGAUUUUAUUGAACUCAUCAGCGCUUUUAAACACAGCCCGGAAGGACAUUGUUCAGGAAGCGAUCCAAGUGAGAAAGGAAGACCUGAGUAUUGUCACCAACUUGAGGAAGUUAGAUCAUUUCACACAUUUCGAUGUGUCGGAAGUCAAAAGCAGGUUUGCGAAAACGAUCGGGCAAAUAGAAAUCGACUUUUCACGUAUUAGGAACCUGCUGACAGAAUUCAAAUUACUCUCCAACCGAAUUCUGGCAGCCGUCUUUGUUGCCUGGCUGAUCUUUGAAUCGGCUCGCUACCUUAAAUCUUAUCUGACAUCAGUUAAGUUCGAUAACGACUCCCGCGACGUCCAAGAGAUCCUUCAAAAUGAAAGUCGCAGCACCACCAAAACUUUGGCGGCAGGAUGUAAAACCGUCAGUCGGGGAUGCGCCUCAAGUGUCUCAUCGCUGCUUGUGGUGACUUUAUAUUUUACUGCCAUAGCUUUCGUAGCGGCUUUGGACUAUAUUGUGUAUCAUGUGGUUCACUUGAUUCUGCCGUGGCUGCUCGACUUUCCACCCAUGUCUGCCAGCAUCACUGUCAGUUAUAAGGUACAAUGGUUCCCCCCUGCAUUUUGCAUCAUCCCACAAUCCUGCAUCACACGGCAGCUGACUGACUUUCAGAAAGAGUACAAGUGGAACUUCAGCCCCGAACAGUCGCUGUGUGAGGCCACGACUUCAGCACCAAACGCAGGCGUCACCACACUGCUGGGAUGUCUGUGUCUGAUGAGUUACUCGCUGGUUUUCGUUGAGGUGUACGCCACGAGGUUACGCAGGAAAAUCACCGCAUCUUUUUUUAAAAAGCAGGAAGACAAGAGGACGGCUUAUUGGAUUGCAAAAUUUCAAGAAAAGGAGGUUGGAGAGAAGCGAAAGGGGGAUGUUUCUGUUGAGGUUGUCUGCAGAUGA